AUGAAGACAGAGGAGGUAGAUCCCAAUGUCUUGUCUCAUAUUUUCAAAACGAGCAAGAUUUUUGACACAGUCGACGCCUUCGGACCUACCAAAACCGACCACAAUGCGGAGAGCAUAGCCAUUUCCGGGUUGGAGUCCUUCACAGGACUAUUCGAUGACAUACAUCUAUUAAAGAGCUUCGGGAUCAUAGGGGAGCAGAAUGUGAUAUAUAAAAAGAUUAACAAGGGAGGGUUGUGCUCCAAGGUUUGGCUGGUAUCCUUGGUUUUAUCAUCCCGAAAAAACCUUAGUGAGAUCUUUCAACUGGCAGUGUCUAGGUCUAAGCUCAGAAAAGAGGAGAUCCAUUUUGCGAAAUGCGCUCCUAACUCGGUAAGAAAAGUUCUGGGCGAAAAAAUCUCACUAAAAAUCCAAGAAAUAGACAGGAGACUACGACUGGCGGUGCUGGAGUUGCUGCAGAAUUUCGCCUACCUAAUUUUGGCGGCUGUGGAUGUUUUCAAAAUUCGCAUUGGCGAGAAGUGGAAACGGUUACUGGAAAGAAUUUCGGGUCUUUUUACGAUUUUGAAGUUCUUAUUUUCGAGUGUGUUCCCAUCCUAA